AUGUUCAGAGCGCACACAGGGGCGGGCUCUAACCUGUCGGAGCAGUUGGACUACAUGCUUUUACGACGACUGGGCGCCGCACUACGAACAGGAAAGUGUCAGCGUGCUGCUCUGUGUCGCCCCCUGUCGGACAUCUCUGUAAUGCAGUACCAGGGCCACGUGCAUACUGUCAGCCUGCUCAUCAAGCACUUCCGUGGGGACCCAGCUCAGGCUCGAGUCCUGGACGUGGCCUGUGGUACGGGACUUGUGGCCAAACAGAUGUCCCUCCUGGGCUUCCGUCACUUCGUGGGGGUAGAUGCCAGUGAAGGGAUGCUCAGAGAAGCUGAGCUCACACAGCUCUACGAGGACCUGCACCUGAGGACGCUGGGACAGCAGCCCCUGUCUGUGGGGGAGGAGGAGUUUGAUGUGGUGACCGUUGUGGCCGGCCUCUAUCCAGGCUUCAUCCCCGUUAGCGCAGUGAGAGAGUUCUGGGACGCCACCAAACCAGGUGGUCUGCUGUGCUUCUGCAGAGGCACGUACCUCCUGCCAGAGUACGUUUCUUACGACUCGCAGCUGGAGAAGGAGCUGAGGUCUCUGGAGGCCGGUGGUCUGAGCACUCGUGAGGCGGAGGAGAACAUCCCACAGUACAUCCUGAACUCUCAGAGGAAAGACCAGGACCCAGAGAACCCAGACUUCAUCCCAGGCACGGUCUGUGUGUUCAGGAAGUCGGCAAAGAAAGGGACUACGAUCAUGUGA